UCUCAGUACACUUCUAUCUCGCUUGAACACCAGACGGAAUUUAUUCUGUUAUACCCGUCUUUGAUCAAUAUCAGACUUAAUUAUAGGACACCAUGCUCGCGCUAAGCACAAGACGGUCCGUCGUGGCACGAUCAAAAUGCCUCGCGUCCGUCACUGCAACCCUACGCUGCAAGACAGAACGACCAUCACAUCCAUCAGUUCCACACCGAGAGUUUCACCCUAGUAAAUCAAAUGCUGCUGUUCGUCCAACAUGGAUGCCUAUGCGCGUGAAGACCCCAUGGAUCGAGGCUCUGACGAAAAGCCGCGAGGCCGCGAAAUCCGGGCAGCCUGAGGCUCCUCGUCCGAAGCCAGACCUGACGCCGAAGAAAAUGUCGGAUAGUCACUAUAGUGCUGUUCUUCCCUUGGCUCAGGAUAAAUGGCUCCUGGAUACUUAUUUGAAUGCGUCCGGGCAUAUCAGAUUGGGAUCCCUACUGAUGGACCUUGAUGCCCUCGCGGGUGUCAUCGCCUAUAGGCAUACCGGGGAUUCCGUAAUGACCGUUACUGCAGCAGUGGAUCGGAUCACCAUCGAGCAUCCCCUGAUGGAGAUCUGCGAUCUUGAACUGAGCGGACAGGUCACAUAUGCCACUGGAAGGUCGAGUAUGGAGAUUUCCCUUCAAGUCGCCAAGGCGCCUGCUGCGGGUGAAGAGCCCAAGCCUGAGGAUGUGCUCAUCACCUGCGCAUUUACCAUGGUAUCACUUGAUCCGGUAACCAAGAAGCCCGUCUGUGUUGCUCCUAUUUUGGUGGAAACUGAACAGGAACGCAAGCUCUUCAAGAAAGGAGAGGAGAACUACCAGGCGAAGAAGGCGUUGAGGACAAAGAGUCUUCUGGAGAAAGCUCCUGAUGCGGAAGAAAGUAACUUGAUUCAUUCUAUGUGGACCAAGGAGAUGUCAUAUCCCAAACCCCAAUCCUCCGAUCACCGACCAUCCAACGUGGCUUUUAUGGGAGACACGGUCCUGAAAUCCGCCAUGAUUAUGCAGCCACAAGACCGAAAUCGCCACAACUUCAUGAUUUUUGGUGGCUUCCUUCUCAAGCAGACCUUCGAGCUUGCCUUCUGCUGCGCUGCAUCCUUCUCCCAUACCCGCCCUAACUUUAUUUCUCUCGACCCUAGCACAUUUGAGAACCCAGUGCCUGUAGGAAGCGUGCUGUAUUUGCGUGCUACCGUUGCGUACACCGAACCUCUAGACAGCAAGUACACCAAGGUCCAGGUCCGCGUGGACUCCAAAGUUCGGGACGUGGAGCACGGCACUAAGAAGUCAACGGGUAUGUUCAACUACACCUUUUUGGUCGAGAAGGACAUCAGCGUGAUACCGAAGAGCUACGGCGAGUACAUGCUCUGGACAGAUGCUCGAAGACGUGCUGCUUUGACUCCCGGCUCGAAGGAACCAAAUGCACUUCGCAGUCUCCAGGAUGGUGUGACCGAAUAGAGCAUCUAGAAAAUCGUUUUGUACAUUCCAUAGAUUUCUUAUUGUCGAUUUCCAGGAUCAUAGGAUAUAACUUUCAGUAAAAUCUCUCUUCCUUUCCAACAGAAAAUGUAAAGCACGUUGUUUUG